CCCUGCAAUGAUGCCUCUUGUGGGGCCCAGGGUUUGCAGUGUGCAACACAGAAGAAUCCCACUGGGCCUGACUCACACUCCCCAGGGACGUGGUGGGGCUUCCUCAUCCCUGUGCCCCUCCUACAGCCCAGCACCAGGCUUUGGGCAGGACCUCCCAUUUGCUGAGAAAGGGCAGAUCUUGAAAUAGAGGAUAAGACAUAGAUGUCUGUACUUUUAUAGAUCGCCCAUGAGACUUAUACUCUACUCCAGGGAUGCAGAGGUUUUAACAUGAGGGAACGUUUGCUAAAUAUUAUGCUUUUCUUCUUUCCUCCACUUCAUCUCUAUUUUCUGAAAAUAGAAAUUCAUGUCAAGAUGCUUCCUUGUUUAAUUGUUUUAUCUCAAGGUCAUUUUACUCCACUAAAGGCUCAGUCACUUCAUUUCAUUGGAGAAGGACUGUCAUUUUAAAUCCCAUUCACAUGAAUUAGAAGCUAUUUAUACACAGAGGUCGCUGCCUCUGCUUCUUAGAAACACAGAAUUCCAUUGAAAACAUUGUUCAGAAUAGCAUAAGUAAAACAUUUGAGGGAGAGAAGGAAGAUCUCAGUUCAUCCCAUUUACCUUUUCGUUACUAGAACUGAGUUUCUUCCAUAAGUGACUUUGGAGUUAGACUUCGAGAAUUCUAGUGCCACCACUUGCUAGUUGUGUGACCUUGGCCUAUGAGUGGAUCAUACUGAACCUCAGCUUCCACACCUGUAAAAUGAGGUAACACCUGUCUUACAGAUAUUACACAUAAGAACACAUACAUGGCAAAUAACAUGCAUUCAAUGCACAGUUAUUCCCAAAUUUGACUGAGCCUAAGGCUAGAAGCUAAUUAAAACUACAAAAUCCUUCUCCCAGAAGUUCUGAUUCAGGUGCCUGCAACCUGUCCAUAAGAAACUCCAUGGUAAAUCUGAUGCCGAUGGUUCAUAGACUGCUCUUUAGAAAUUCUGUUGUAGAUCCUAAGUUCCUUGAAUAAUAAGUCUUCAACUCCUCUUCUCCACUUGGCUAGACUCCCUACCCUGUGCCCUCAUCAUAUCCUAUUUCUAAGGACUGUUUCUUUAUAUAUAAAAAAUUUUCAUUUCCCUCCCUACAUCCUUAACUAAAUUUCUUCAGGUUUAGAAAGGGGAUAAGGAAGAAAUGUCAGCAUGGUGUCUUCAGCAUCCAGGUUAUAAACAGGAGGAUUUUACUUCUUUUGUUUGGCAGCUGAUUUCAGACCUCAUUUUCUGAAACUGGACUUUUCUGAGAAGGAACUUACACAAUGGCAGAGAUUACUAUGAAACAUUUAAAGAAUUAGCUUCUUAUUAGUGAUUGAGCAGGAUUCUGAAGUACUCAUGGCCCAGAAAGGAUACCUGCGCCAAGCAGUUCACAGUCAACCAGGAAAGUGUCAGACAGACAUCACAUAGGUUGGAGGGCACAGCACCUGGUCCUAAAGGUUCCCAGCAAGAGGUGCUGGCCUGGAUCUAAAAGGAUGAAUAGGCAUUCAGUGGCCAUGGAGAGAGAAGGGAGGAAUUUGGGGUAGCUGCUGCUUAGUUGCUUCAGUCAUGUCUGACUGUGUGACCCUAUGGACUGUAGCCUGCCAGGCUCCUCUGUCAAUGGAAUUCUCCAGGCAACAGUACUGGAGUGAGUGCCAUGCCCUCCUACUCCAAUACUGUUGCCUGCAUCUAAACGGAUGAAUAAGAGUUCAGUGGCCACAGGAGGAGAAAAGGGAGGAAUUUGGGGUAGUUCAGUUCAGUCGCUCAGUCCUGUCCGACUCUUUGCGACCCCAUGAAUCAUAGCAUGCCAGGCCUUCCUGUCCAUCACCAACUCCCGGAGUUUACUCAACCUCAUGUCCAUCGAGUCGGUGAUGCCAUCCAGACAUCUCAUCCUUUGUCGUCCCCUUCUCCUCUUGCCCCCAAUCCCUCCCAGCAUCAGGGUCUUUUCGAAUGAGUCAACUUUUCGCAUGAGGUGGUCAAAGUACUGGAGUUUCAGCUUCAGCAUCAGUCCUUCCAAUGAACACCCAGGACUGAUCUCCUUUAGGAUGGACUGGUUAGAUCUCCUUGCAAUCCAAGGGACUCUCAAGAGUGUUCUCCAACACCACAGUUCAAAAGCAUCAAUUUUUCGGUGCUCAGCUUUCUUCACAGUCCAACUCUCACAUCCAUACAUGACCACUGGGAAAACCAUAGCCUUAACCAGAUGGACCUUUGUUGGCAAAGUAGAGGGAACCCCAAAUUUCGUGUUAAUGAAACAGUAAUCCUAUUGUGAAACCUGAAGUAGCAGGCAGUGAAGAAGACCUUCCUGAACAAAGCUGAUGGGACAACCACAUGAACAGGAAGGCAAGAUUUAAAACCUGCAGAGACCCCCUCCUAGACCUUGUGGCUAAUGUCCCAACAAUCAUCCAAGUGCCAGGCUGAGAAUAUUGGAGAGAUGUAACUAAUGCCUCUGAUAGGAACACAGUGAGUUCAACCUGCUUAUGACGCUUUAUACACUUCUAGAAGGAAAGGACUGUCUCAAUUCAGAUUUCUGCUAAGAUUCUUAGCUUUACACUGAAUCAAAGGAUGAUUAUUGAGUCCUUUUCAAAGAAGAAAAGUGCAUCGGAUUUGAAAAAUAAGCUUCCCAAGAACUAACAGAACCUCGACUCACACGCUGAAUGUGAGAACUCACAGACCCUGUCCUGGCAGCCCAAACAAACCUGAGACACAACAAAUAAAAUUACCCCCCCACCCCAGCCCCAUGUUGAAUCCUUGAACCCCAAGCUAUCCCUUUCUUAACUGUGGACACACAUGGGUGGGUGUGGCAUUUUAAGUGUCUGGGCUCUGUAAGCUGUUGGCUCAGGGCUGCCUUGGUCUUCAGGCUUGAUAUUCAGGGGAGCUUGGUCUGAGCAUGAAUCAACCAGAUCACAGGAUCCUGGGUGAUAAAACAAAUUCUGCCCAGGGAUCUAAACAUCUCACCAUGAGGCACUGCUGUCAACUCGCAGCGCUCUCACCUCCUGACUCCUAUUUCCUCACUGCGGCUGCUUCCAUCUUCUGCUUAAACCCUGCGGGCCUUCCCACUGCUCUUAGAACCAGGCCCAAACCUUCCAGCCAACCACAGGGCAUGUUGUGACUGGCCCAUGCUGGCCCUGGGGCUGGGGAUCACCCCUCAAGUAACAGCCUGCAGACCUUAGCACCCCAGCCAAGGGUUCCCCCGUGGCCCCAUGGCUGGGCCCUGCCCCCCCCGCCCUCAGUGCCCCCUCUGCCCCUUGGUUUCCUGUUCUCCCUGCUCCUCUCCCAUGGCCUCUGCAGUUCUGUCGCACCCCAGUUUCCACCUAUGGCAUGUGACUGAGUCACGAGAAGACACCAGACUCUGUAUGAAGCAUAGAGGCGGCGAAAAGCCUGAAUUCGGGUCCUGCUUUCAUCAAUAACUAAGUCACAGUCUCCUCUGAGCCUCGGUUUUGUUGUAUGGAAGCCUGUGCUAAAGGUUUUGACUCUAUAUGUUGCUGGAGGAUUUGCUGAGAUUCUAGACCUGUGGACCAGUCGCAGGCAUUGUAGGCUCUCAACAAAUGUUCAUAGGAGAUUUGGUGCUUGUUUAGGACUCCACUGUCUAGUGCUCAGACCUAGUGUACAGGGCUUGUAUGUAUUUAUAAACCUGGACUUCAGAAUAAGAAGAUCUGGGCUUAACAACUGGUGGCAUCACUUCUCAGCCCAGCAGUGUCAGAAAAUCCACUCAGCUUCUCGGAGCCUCCAAGUCUGCAUCUUGCAGAGAGGGUGACACACAAACUGUUUUCCAGGGCUGCUGGGAGGAUCAGGUGAGUUGAUAUACGAAAAUGUUUUAUACACCUUGGAGUUAAAAAAAAAUCUGUAACCAAACUUCUGUGAAUACAUGCUACUGUCUCUUGUGUCUCACCCAGGUAAGCUGCCUCUAUGGCUGGACCCACAAUGGCAUCUAGGGAGCCUCAGCACAGAGAUGGCACGAAGAAGAGUUUGCUGAAAAUCAAACCCACAGUGAGCUAUCCCUUCACACCUGUUAGGGUGACUGUCAUAAAAAAGAAGAUAAAUGCUGGCAAGGGAGUGGAGAAAAGGAACCCUUUGUUCACACUUGGUGGGAAUAUAAAUUGAUGUAGCCAUUGGGGAAAACAAUGGAGAUUCCUCAAAAUAUUGAAAAACAGAACUACCAUCUGAUCCAGCUUUCGAACUGUGGUGCUGAAGCCUCCUGAGAGUCCCUUGGACUGCAAGGAUAUCAAAUCAGUCAAAUCUAAAGGAAAUCAACCCUGAAUAUUCACUGGAAGGAAUGUAGACUAAGCUCUUGCCUCCUGGCUCCUCCCUCAUAAGAGCAUACAGACCACACACAGGGCACCCCGAGAGCACCAACUCCACCUGGGGGGCGGGGGGGUCCUCUGUGAAGGAUCCUGUGUCCUUCUGUUUUGUUGCCCAAGCAGGGACAACGCAACAACUGUCAAUUCAAAGGCACAGGGGAGAUGCUUGGGUGGUCCGUGAGGCCCAAGGGUGGGACCUGCUGGACACCCUGCAGCACAGCUGGUUACCAGAUGCUGACUCAGGGGGUUUACUCCACAGGGUCCAUCAGGAAGCACCUGGGCUCAGAACCUGGGGGAAUGGGAGCACUGGGGCAGGUGGGCAACAGAGCGGGCCCACAGCUCAGUCAACCCUACUCAGAGCUCUGAGAGGUGAGUGAGACAGCCUUUCUGCUCUGCCUGGAGGUGUCACCAGAAGGCUCCCCCUGCCCCAGGGAGGUGUGAGGUCUGGCAGGCACAAUGGAGGGAACGACACAGCACAGGCUGUUGACCACCCCUGCAGCUGGGCAGCAUGGCCUCCCUUGAAGGGGUCUAGGCGGCAUGCAUCCAUCUUCAUGGCUCACAGCAUCAGUCUUUGCUUCCCCAGCUUUACUGAAAUAUUGUCACAUGACUUACAUAGACUUAAAGCAUACAAGGUGAUGAUUUGAUACGUGUAGAUAUUGCAAAAUGAUGACCAUAGAAAUAUUAACACAUCCAUCAAGUCAUUUAAUUGCCUUUUGAUAACACUGAAGAUCUUACCCUCUUAACAACUUUCAAGUAUACAGUGCAGUGUUGUAAACAACAGCCACGCUCAGCCCUGUUGGCAUUGAUGGGAUCUCUCUCCUGCAAGAAAAUGAUAAGUCCCACCUCAUUCAAACUGGCUCAGAAUAGGAAAUAAUUGAAAUCUGUUCCCAGUUUACUUAACCAAGCCAGGGUAACCUGAAUACCGAAACCUGAUAAAGACGGAACAAAACAAGAACGCCACAUACCAAAUUUAGCAGCAUUAAAACAGUAGGAAACCAGUGACCACUGGGGCUGGUGCAGAGUGAGUCCCAUGACUACAAGGGCCCCUCUGGUGGCAGUUUCAUGCCCAGUCAGUUUGAGCCCCAGCUGUGCUCCUUUCCAGCCCUGGGACCUUGGGUUUGCUGCUUUGUGAAAUGGGGUGAUGGGAGGACCCACUUCCUAAGGCUCCUGUUAUGAUGAAGGUAAUUCAUGUAUGUGUGUUAUUUGCUCAGUCAUGUCUGACCCAUUGUGACCUGUGGACUGUAGCCUGCCAGGAUCCUCUGUCCAUGGGAUUUUCCAGGCAAGAAUACUGAAAUGGGUUGCCAUUUCCUUCUCCAGGGGGUCUUCCCAACCCAGGGAUCAAACCCACAUCUCCUGUGUUUCCUGCAUUGCAGGCAGACUCUUUACCCCCUGAGACAUCGGGGAAGCCAAUUCAUGUACAGCACACACAGAGUCACCAGCCUGCAAGCUGGGAGGGCUGCACCCAUGGCGGCUGUGCUGUGCCAUCUGGAUGGUUAAUGAUCUUUAACAGAAGUCUCCACUUUUACCUCUUUACUAGGAAACCAGAUUCUCCUGUAGAGCCCAAGCUGAUGGAGCAUGAGAAACAAGUAAGGGAGGUUUGAAUCAUCCGUUUUCUGUCAACCGUCCCUUUGUGUGUACAUAGCACCAUUCUUACCAUUCCAUCCUGCAACCCUUGGCACAGCCCUAGGACACCAGUUCCAAUGACUUGGUUGGAAAGGCCAUCUGGUCACAUCUCUGACAGCAAAGCAGCCCUGGGUAUUUCUAUCAGGCCUGGUCCAGCAGGGCUGCAGGUCAGUGUUCUAAAUCCCAGAGAAAUGGGAGAUCCAGAAGUUCUUGCCCAAGGCCAGGGUGUUCAGCCAAAGGAAAGUCUCUCUUCCCUUUUUACUUGAGUAACAAAGAGGAUGAGAUGGUUGGAUGGCGUCACCAAUGCAAUGGACAUGAACUUGGGCAAACUUCAGGAUAUGGUGAGGAACAGGGAAGCCUGGUGUGCUACAGUCCAUGGGGUUGUGAAGAGUCGGACACAACUUGGUGACUGAACAACAACAAAAUUACAUUUGUUGUCUUGGACCUGACCUGGCAGAGUCCUUGCCAAAGGGCUAAUCUUGGUCCCACAAGGGGUGGAUCAGGCUCACAGCUGAGGGUCGCCACCGUCAGUUCCAGAGAGCAGCCAUCAGGGGACCAGUGACUGGUGUCCUGGGCUGUCACCGGAUCCCAUAGUAUUUCCAUAGUUCAAAGAGGAAGAGACAAGAAGCAGAGUCAGAAAGAACAACCUGCUGGAGAAUACGUUUGAACACACUUUGGGGGAAGGAUUUUCCACAAACAGAAGGUGCAGGUGUCGGCCAGGAGAGGAAGGGCCCUGCUCUGACCACUAGGUGGUACCUCAGGCCGUGACUGGAGAGUGGGGACAGAAGGAGUGGCGGCGGGCAGGAGGCGGUCCUGCGAAGCUGCAUAAAGGGCGAGCCGCAGGGAGGCUGCAGCGCCUCUGCCACCCAGUCCUCAUCCUGCGGGGAUGGCACUUCCCCCAGGUGCCCAGGCCAAGCUCCAGUCCCGAGUGCAGCCUGACAGCUGCUGUGCAAGAGGAGCCGCGCCAGGGCGACAGGGGAGACGGUGAUCUGCUGCUCAGAAGAGGAGCGAUGAACUCCUCAUUCCACCUGCACUUCUUGGAUCUUGGGCUGAACGCCACGGAAGGCAACCUCUCAGGACUGAGUGUCCGGAAUGCAUCCUCACCAUGUGAGGACAUGGGCAUCGCGGUGGAGGUGUUCCUGGCCCUGGGCCUUAUCAGCCUGCUGGAGAACAUCCUGGUCAUUGGGGCCAUCGUGAGGAACCGGAACCUGCAUACCCCCAUGUACUUCUUCGUGGGCAGUUUGGCGGUGGCCGACAUGCUGGUGAGUUUGUCCAACUCCUGGGAGACCAUCACCAUCUAUCUGCUCACCAACAAGCAUCUGGUGAUGGCCGAUGCCUCUGUGCGGCACCUGGACAACGUGUUCGACUCCAUGAUCUGCAUCUCCGUGGUGGCCUCCAUGUGCAGCCUGCUGGCGAUCGCUGUGGACCGCUAUGUCACCAUCUUCUACGCCCUGCGCUACCAGCGCAUCAUGACGGGGCGGCGCUCAGGGGCCAUCAUCGCUGGCAUCUGGGCCUUCUGCACCAGCUGCGGCACCGUCUUCAUCGUGUACUACGAGUCCACGUACGUGGUCGUCUGCCUCAUCGCCAUGUUCCUCACUAUGCUGCUCCUCAUGGCGUCUCUGUACACCCACAUGUUCCUCCUGGCUCGAACCCACGUCCGGCGCAUCGCCGCCCUGCCCGGGCACAGCUCCGUGCGGCAGAGGACUGGCGUGAAGGGCGCCGUCACCCUGGCCAUGCUGCUGGGCGUCUUCAUCGUGUGCUGGGCCCCCUUCUUCCUCCACCUCAUCCUGAUGAUUUCGUGUCCUCAGAACCUCUACUGCUCUUGCUUCAUGUCUCACUUCAACAUGUACCUCAUCCUCAUCAUGUGCAACUCUGUGAUUGACCCUCUGAUAUACGCCUUCCGCAGCCAAGAGAUGCGGAAGACCUUUAAGGAGAUUAUUUGUUUUCAGGGCUUCAGAACCCCCUGUAGGUUCCCGAGUAGGUACUAAACUAAAAGUCAUUCUCUCUGCAGCUCUUCUCUCCAUCGCUCUUAUGACAAGGUGGGUUAGGAAGAGUCAGAACUGGAAAUUACGCCAUGCAUUCCCUUCAUCUUUUCUCCACCUCGAAUCUGUGUCUAAGAGGCAGCUUUUCCCCGACCAGCAGUUGAUGGGUCAAAGGUGCACGUGCCAUUUCUCUGCCUUGAGAAUGCCCAUGACAGUUUCUUACUGACUGCUUUCCUCCUGCAUUUUCUCCCGCUCCCACCCAGUUCUGGGGUCCCCAGCACCUCCAUCUUCUGAGUGUGUGCUCAGGGGAGGUGACACUCAGUGAGCAAGUCUAAGCAUGAUGAGCGUGGCUGGACCUGGGAGAAAAGCUGUGAACACACCACGGUGCGUGAUCACUUUCUGCCCCAGAAGCAGUUCCAUAACUUUCUGUGAUGCCCCUGGGAGUUUGGCAUGCUUUUCGGGGCAGAGUAGAGCGAUUAGAUUCUUUCCAUUUGAAAUCUCCUGUCUAUUUGCUCUGGGAAUUUUCCACAGCUCUCCUUUCCUGAACUCCUGGUUUCAUGGCUUGUGUCCAUGAUUGUACAGGGAUGACAUUUCUUUAAUUAUAUUUCUGUCAGUCAUGUUUUUGCACUAAUGCAAAACAUUUCUGUCUGGACAGAAAACCUCUUGCCACAAACUUUCCCUUACAUGGCAUGAACAUCUUUGUGACUGUUUCUUACUGUCUUAUUCUGACUCGGUCCAGAGUUUCCAAGUGAGCGUUUUGGGGGCAUGGGGGGCCCCCCAGGUACCUGCCAUGAACACAACCUGCAGGCAAGCUAUCUUUGACCUUCUCUGAUGGGGUCUCUCUUGGAGUCUGAAGCCCUGUCACUGUACAGUCUGCAGUUUGCAGUCUGACUCCAGAAGUCAAGGUACCCAGCGCUAGCCCCCUAAGUCAAAUCUUUUCCAGUGCAGAAUGGACUGGGAAAGUAGAGUUCAGUCCUAACUCUUCACCUAAUGGGCAGUGUUUCCUUAAUCAUCUCAUUUCAGGUUGCAUCUGUGCUGACCCCACAGGGCAAGGCAUGGGAAAGCAUGAGAACAUUUGAAACUUGGAAAGCACCCUAGAGAUUGUCUAUUUAUUUUAAAGGAAGGUUGCAGAUGGGUGGUGCUAGGAGAGGAUGCAGAGGGCUGUCAAAGCAGUGGUGUGGAAGCCAGGAGGCCUGCCUGGCCAUGGAGCAGGUAUGGGCCUUGGGCAUGGCUCUAACCUCUGUGUCCCAGGGCUCUUAUCUGAAGGGCUUGGUUCUUAUGGCUCUGAAUUCCAUUCUCUUGUCUUUGAUGUUAAUAGCUUCUCUUUUGUUGUGAAUAUUCAUGUCUAGACUGCCCCUAAUGAAGGAAUAUAUGUAAACAAGCAGUGGCCCACUAGGGUCACUAGAUGGUGAGUGUGAGGGUCUAUUGACCAGAAGACCUCCCUGGGCGCCAGGCACAAGCAAAACCUAUAGACAUGACCCCCACUCAGCAGCUCAGAGUCCAGAGAAAAAUGGUGCUGGCUCAAGCAGGAAAGUGCAUAAAACAUACAAAUCCUCUGGAAAGGGCAAAUUAGCAGGUUAUUGACAGUUGAGGUUUGAGGAGGCAACUAACCCUUCAAAUGUAUCCUGUCCUUUUAGCUGACAUUCCCAUGUGUACCCAUGGGCAUGAGUGAGUUCCACAUGACUGUGCUGGGAACCACCAGUCCGAGUUAUGUGGGUCGUGUCAGGAUCCCUGGCUCCAGGAACAUGGGCUUCUCGCUGCCCAACUCGCCUCGGGGGCCCUGUUGCCACAGCAGUUUCUGGUGCUCGGCUGUUGUUUGUCGUCGUUCCUAACCAAAUGUGUACUUAGCCUGCUGCCCGCCAGCACUCUCGGAGUGCUAACUGAGGUCAUCAGGGCCGCGAUCCCAUAGGCAGAUCACACUUCAGCCCUCGUGGUUUGCCCUGUGGCUCUUCUGGGGACUCACUCUCUCAGGCUGAUUUGCUGCUCCGGGUGGAUACUGGCUGCAGACAAGGUCUGAUCUUCUCUACAAAGGUCCUUGAGGAAAUGCUCAAAGGUCUUAUAAUCUCUGUAUAAGUAGUGCAGAAAUAGCCAAAUGUUCUGAUGAGUCUUCACUUGGAAGAAGUAACCGGAAUGCAGACUCAGUAAAUAUCUGUAAAUGAGCCUGGGAAUCCCAGCACACAGCCCCCAGAUCAAAAAAAAAAUCCACAGAACUGUUGUACGCUAUUGUAUAUUAACUAUUUCUGCCUUUGUAGCAAUUUUUUUGGUGUAAAAACAUGUGUUCAAAAAAAGGUUAAUAAAACAGAAGGACCAGACCACCUGUUUUAACUGGCCAUUCUGACUUCUGAUAAUCAGAGGGUUUUGGGUCUUCUGUUUGUCAGCAGC